ACUUUCAGCACCUCUUCACUAACAGGUCCUUUAGAACACGAAACAACAUAAGAAUAUGAGAAAACCAAUCUGGCAGUUUAUCUUCGACCAGUGGUCCACUGUUCCGCCUGUCGAGAAGGCUAAUCUGAGAGGCAAAACCGUCGUGGUCAUUGGUGCCAACGUCGGUAUCGGCCUCGAAGCAACGAAGCACUUUGCCCGUAUGAACCCUUCAAGGCUCAUAUUGGGCUGCAGGAGCGAAACGAAAGGUAGAGAAGCCAUCGAAGAGGUAAAAAGGGAGACCAAAUACGGAGAGUCCGAGCUAUGGCCUAUCGAUCUAGCCGAUUUUUCAUCUGUCAAGGCAUUCGCAGAUAGGUUUAACAAGAAAAAGCAGGGAAAGGGGCUGGAUAUUCUCGUCAUGAAUGCUGGAAUACUCCAACUUAAUUAUGAGGAGGCGAAGGAUGGCUGGGAGUCCACAAUCCAAGUCAAUCAUUUGUCCACAGCCCUCUUGUCACUCCUUCUCAUGCCAAACAUGAUUUCAGCCGGAACACUCUCAUCACCCUCACGGGUGGUGAUCGUCUCGAGUGAUGUCCACUAUUGGGCUACAAUCGAGGAUGAAGUCAGGAAUUCCCCCAAGGUUUUGGCAAAGCUUAGUGAUAAAACUUACUGUACAACGAAUGCCAUGAGGCGUCGAUAUCACCAAACGAAACUCUUCAAUCUCUUCUUCGUACGGGCUAUGGCGGCGCACCUCCGUCUGAAAACACCUAUGGCUGCAGUUGCCGUCAACCCAGGCUACUGUUAUUCCCAGUUGCGACGCUUUCAUUAUUCACGACCGAUGCUCAAUAUGUUUGUGCGGAUGAUGGAGCUACUGUUAGCUUGGACCAGCGAACAAGGAGCGCGUCAACUGGUAUAUGCUGCAGUUGGCGCAAGAAAGAAAGGUGGCAGCGGGUGUGAAGAAGAGCUAAAGGGAGGUUACGUGCACUUGGCUGAAGUUGUUGAACCGAGUGAUUUUGUGAUAAGCAAAGAAGGGGGAAUGCUUCAGGAAAAGAUUUGGAAUGAGACUAUCGAGAUAUUGUCUGGAGUGACACCGAAGAUUGGAGAUAUCGUGGCUGAAUAUUUUCAGUAGUAGACCAGUCGGAUAGAGCUUUGUACUGUCACAUCAAUCCAUACUAUGGUAUGGUACAGACCCCUCUUUUUGGCAAUAUAUUGGACUUACCCUUGUUGUUGUC